AUGGCGCUACCGGCAGAGCUUGGAAACCUCCAGCUCUCGAUCCUCGGGCUGGGGGUCCAAUAUCCGCCCUACUCCCUCACGCCCGACGAGCUGGGCAAGCUUGCGAGGACAUACUAUCCAGACUCGCCCUCCAUGCGCAAAGUCAUCGGUAUAAACCAGAUGACCGGCAUCGAGAAGCGCUCGUCGAUCGGCACCGCAGAACACCCGCUUGUCAACCAGCCCACCGCCCCGUCAAUAGCCCAGCUGCACGAGGUCUUCAUGUCCGACGGCGUGCCCCUGGCGGUCGAGGCGGCCCGCAAGGCCCUGGCCGAGGCGAACCUGGGCCCGGCGGACAUCACCCAUGUCGUGUCGACGACGUGCACAGACAGCGCCAACCCGGGCUUCGACCACUACGUCGCAAAGGAGCUCGGGCUCUCGCACUCGGUCGAAAAGGUCCUCCUGCACGGCAUCGGGUGCUCGGGUGGGCUGGCGGUGCUGCGCACGUCGGCGAACCUCGCCCUGGGCCACACGUUCAGGCGGAAGCCGGCGCGUGUCUUGUGCAUAGCGCUUGAGGUCAGCACGACGCUGGCGCGCAGCGAGCUGGACAGCAUCCACGAGCUCCAGGAGACGAGGAUCGGCGCGUGCCUGUUCUCCGACUGCGCCAGCGCCUCGAUCUUGAGCAACGGCCUGGGAGGGGACGGAGAAGACCCCGAGCCCGUGUACACACUGCUCGGGUGGCAGCACGAGACCCUCCCAGACUCGCAAGAUGACCUGGGGUUCCAGGUCGAUCCGCUGGGGUGGAAGGUCGUGCUUACACCGAACGUGCCCAAGCUGGCAAUGCAGACUCUCGCCUCGAGCUUUGCCAAGCUCGUAGACAACUCGCCGCAACUGCCACCUGACUAUUCCACGCCCGCGGACUUUGACUGGGCCAUGCAUCCCGGGGGCGCCACGAUCCUCACCGGCGCCGAGAAGACCAUGGCCAUAUCCUCCGAGCACAUGCGCGCCAGCUAUGACGUGUACAUGAACCACGGCAACUCGAGUUCGGCCACGAUAUUCAGCGUCCUCGACCGCUUGCGGCAGAAGGACAUGGACGCGGUUGCUCCAGAGGGCAGAGUGCGCGACUUCAUCGUGGGCUGCGCGUUUGGCCCCGGCAUCACGGUCGAGACCUGCAUGCUCAAGCGACACAAGUCGGCGGCGGCACCCAAGCCGGGCGACAUCCCCACACCACCAGACACAGACUCCGAAGCAGGCGCGAGCGAGAGUGGCGAGGCGAGUGAUUGGAUGUCUGACGGGAGAGGGAGCCCCGUGGCGACGACGAUGAGCGCGGUGGAUCCGUCGUCAAAACCCGACGAGACGUUCAUUGAAGAAGCCAUAUCAGCAGUCGAGCUGGAUUAG